CCCAUCCCACCCUUUCUCCAUCGUCCCCAUCUCCUUGCUGCCGCUGCCGCCACCUCCUCCGCGUCCCUGCCCCCCUCCCGAUCCACACAUCCUCUCCUUCCUCACCGGGUACGAUGGAGAAAGUCGCGUCCGCACUCUCCGUGCCGAUCCUCUCGGCGCUGCUCGGCAGGGCAGUCACGCUCUUCUUCCUCACCGGGUACCUGCACCACAAGCGUGCCGACAUCGCGCACGUGCCCCCCUCCGCCGUCGCCACCGCGCCGGACCUGCCCAACCAGGUCCGCCCCGCCCAUGUUCAGAUCCUACCCUCUGCUGCUCGUCGUGGGCCUCCUCAUCGCGCUGUUCCCAGCGGCGGCCGCCACCUUCGGGCCGCAGCCAGGGGCACCGUGCGACCCCACUCUCCUGGCGACGCAGGCUGCGCUCUUCUGCGCCCCCGACAUGCCCACCACGCAGUGCUGCGAGCCCGUCAUCGCCGCCGUCGACCUCGGGGGCGGCGUCCCCUGCCUCUGCCGCGUCGCGGCCGAGCCGCAUCUGGUCAUGGACGGCCUCAACGCCAGCCACCUCCUCAAGUUCUACACCUCCUGCGGCGGUCUCCAGGAUGGCGCCCGCCUUGCCGCCGCUUGCGAAGCCAAACUUUACAAGUUGAAACAUCUUACGAAGGUUGAGGUUAUUUUAAGUGACCCUAGUGGUUGCACAUUUGUUCUGGGGUUUCAUAACCUUAGGAAUCAGGCUGUUGCUCCUCCACAAUGGACGAUGCGAAACAUUGAUGAUAGAAAUCGUCUACUUUUUUGUAUCUUGAAAAUCUGCAAGGAGAUACUUAGUUAUCUUCCAAAAGUUGUUGGAAUUGAUAUUGUGGAGGUAGCUCUCUGGGCAAAGGAAAAUACAGUGACACUGGAUAACCAAGAGAAUAACAAAGAAGGGAAAGAAACAUCUGUUGCUACUCAGACCGAGAGGAAAGUAACGGCAAAAGUUACUGUGGAAAAUGAUCUCGUGUCUCAAGCAAAGGACGAGGAGGAGGACAUGGAGACACUUCUUGACACGUAUGUUAUGGGCAUUGGUGAAGCUGAUGCUUUCUCCGAGAGAUUGAAGCUGGAGCUUGUUGCUUUGGAAGUAGCUAAUGUCUAUCAGCUGGUGGAAAGUGAGCCUUUAAUAGAGGAGGAGAAGGCUUCCUACUUUACCAAUGCUGAGAAGCUCAAGGUCGGGUACACUUCGCGUACAUGGAUUAGAAGAGCAACAUCAGGGGAGGGGGUCCGAAGUCGAUGGAACAGUACUAUAAUUGAUUGAUGAUGGAUGGUUGCUGUUGUUGGUAGAAAUGGUAGAAAGACUUUUAAGCGGCAGCUGUUGCUGGUAGAAAUGGUAGCUCUAGUCCCAUGUAGUGUAGUUCAUGUGCUUGGGCUGCCCUAUGUUGCUUCAUUUUUAUGUUAAUUAAGUUUGUCAAAUGUACCUACUGUCGUGUCGUGGCUUGUUUGAAUUCCCUCUUUGUUUCA